AUGCCUGUCGGCGACGCUGGUGAAGUCCAAGCCGUUGGCUUGGACCCUGCCCUGAUUGACGCCUCGGGUGACCCCACGCGCCAGCACCCUGAGCAACACACUGUUGGCGCUCCCGCCUACCUUCACUCUGAGGGAAAGGCCACGCUUCAGGAUGCCUAUCUCUCAGAGGAAGAUGACUUCCCCACCGAGGAGGAGCUCGCUACCCUUCCUCGUGUCCCUGCCAGGAUCCCAUGGAAGAUCUUCACUAUUGCCUUUGUCGAAUUGGUUGAGCGCAUGAGUUACUACGGUACCGUUGCCGUCUACUCCAACUACAUCGCCAAGCCCCUCACGACUCCCACUGGUGCUGCCACCAACCCCGACGAUGCGCAGGCCCAGCCUGGUGCCCUGGGCAUGGGCAAGCAAGUUGCCUUCAGCUUGACUACCUUCAACGCCUUCUGGGUCUACGUCUGCCCCCUUCUCGGUGCCUGGAUUGCCGACACCUACCUCGGUCGUUUCAAGACUAUCCUCUACUCUGUCCUCGUUGCUGAAGUCGGUCACGUUAUCCUCGUCGCUUCCGCCGCCCCCUCGGUCCUCAAGAACCCCGACACUGCUCUCGGUGUCUUCAUUCUCGGUCUUAUCGUCAUGGGUCUCGGAACUGGAACUUUCAAGCCCAACAUUGCUCCCCUCAUUGCCGAGCAGAUUCCUCAGGAGAAGAUGCGUGUUGAGACCCGUGGCACCACUCGCGUCAUUGUUGACCCUGCCGUUACCACCACCCGCAUCUACAACUGGUUCUACUUCUUCAUCAACAUUGGUGCGCUCGUUGGUCAGAUCAGCAUGGUUUACGCCGAGCGAUACGUUGGUUUCUGGUUGGCUUACUUGAUCCCCACCGUCAUGUUCGUCAUUGCCCUCCCCGUUCUGAUCUUCUGCAAGAAGUUCUACAUCCUCCGUCCCCCGAGCGGCAACGUCAUGGGCCCUGCUUUCAAGCUUUUCUUCAAGGCUCUCGGUGGUGGCAUGACCGCUAACCCCCUCACAACCUGGAAGAACUGGAACAACGGCGACAUGUGGAACGCCGUCAAGCCUUCGACUCUUGGCGCCAACAAGCCCAGCUGGUACAACUUUGAUGACGCCUGGGUCGAUGAGGUUGCUCGUGGAUUCGCCGCUUGCUCUGUCUUCUUCUGGGUCCCCAUCUUUUGGCUUGCCUACCGCCAGAUGGACUCUAAUCUCACCCAAAUGUGCGCGACCAUGAAGCUCGGUGGUGUCCCCAAUGACAUUCUCUCCAACCUUGACCCCAUUGCCAUUAUCAUCAUUGUGCCAAUCAUGGAUAGCAUCGUGUACCCCUUCCUCCGCAGGCGUGGAAUCCGCUUCACCCCCAUCAAGAAGAUCACUGCUGGUUUCAUUCUCGGAGCCUUCGCCAUGGUCUGGGCCGCCGUUCUCCAGCAUUACAUCUACAAGACCUCUGGCUACUACGAGACUCACGACCCCGACUACCACACCGACAUCUCUGUCUGGGCCGUUACCGGUGUCUACGUCCUCAUUGCUAUUUCCGAGAUUUUCGCCUCGGUCACCACCCUCGAGUACGCUUUCACCAAGGCGCCCAAGAACAUGAGGUCUCUCGUGCAGUCCGUUCAGCUCUUCACUACUGCCUUCUCCGCCGCUCUCGCCCAAGCUUUCACUCCUCUUACUGCCGACCCCCACAUCACCUGGAACUACGGCAGUGUCGCCAUCAUCUCUUUCGUCACUGGUAUUGCUUUCUUCUUUGCCUACCGCACCAUGGACAAGCAGGAAGAUUCGCUCAACCUGUUGCCCACUGGUCACCUUGGCACGGAGGAGCAGGCUGCUGACAUUGAGAGGCGCCAGAGUGUCACCGCCACUGCUGAGAAGCACUAA